UGUUGUUUUACUAGGUUUUUGACGACUUUUAUUCUCUAAACCUAUGUCGUCUGGCCCAAGCGGAUCUGAUGUCGGUAUGGGUGCUGCGUCUCCACCAGCAGCCGGGAGAGUAUCAGUAAGCAGGUAUCUGUGCUGCCUUUUUUGCUGCCCACCGUUUCCAUCAUCAAUUGUAUCAAAACUAGCAUUCAUGCCACCCGAGUCAAGUUACUCUAUCACCGAGAAUAAAAGGUUGCAUCUUCUUGACGGCCGCGCAGAAUGGCCGCAUGACCCCGAACAUCUGAAUACAAACGUAGAGAUGUUCGUUGCCAGAACUAGGAGACGAAAUCGGAUUUCCUGUGUUUACGUGCGACCUGUCCCAAACGCAUAUUUCACAUUACUCUUCUCGCAUGGGAAUGCUGUCGAUAUCGGCCAGAUGUCGUCAUUUUACUGGGGACUAGGACAUCGCCUUGGAUGCAAUGUCUUCAGUUAUGAUUACUCCGGUUAUGGGUGUUCGACGGGCAGACCAUCGGAAAAGAAUUUGUAUGCUGAUAUAGCAUGCGCAUUCGAAACGUUGAAAGGAUUGGGUGUGCCAGCUGACCGCAUAAUUCUGUACGGGCAAUCGAUAGGUACAGUCCCAAGCGUAGAUUUAGCAAGCCGAGAAGAGGUAGCUGCACUAAUUUUGCACUCUCCGUUGAUGAGCGGCAUGCGCGUAGCUUUUCCUGGAACACAGCGCACCUGGUGUUGUGACGCAUUCCCAUCUAUAGAGAAGGUUCCUCGAGUAAAAUGCCCUACUCUUGUGAUUCAUGGAACAGAUGACGAAGUGAUUGAUUUCUCACAUGGUGUUUCGAUAUACGAACGAUGUCCGGCAUCUGUUGAACCUUUGUGGGUGUCAGGUGCUGGUCAUAACGAUGUAGAGCUUCAUGCUGCUUACCUAGAGCGUCUACGAAAUUUCAUCGAAUGCGAAGCUCGGCGUUCUAAGGACGACAUUGGUGUUCGUGUUUAGGUUUGUUUCUUCCACAUUUAAGCUCUUCUAUGUGUUGUACCGCAUUCAUUCUGUGAUACGCUGGUAUUAUAUCUCUGAAAACUUCAUCGUUCUGAAUCAUAUCUAUUUUCCUUUGGCUAUCGAGAUAUCGUUUGGCAGGCUAUGUCCAAAGUUUUAUCCACUUGUACGCCAAUUUCAUAUUUCAUUUUAAACCGAUCUGAUGAGCUUCUGUCUCAUGUGAAACGAUCUAAAACAUAGAUUGUAGUAUUGGCAGUGUUCUUUCAUUCCCAACAUUAUCUCCAGAGUUUCACAUAUUUUCUCUUCAUUCUAUUUGCUUCUCAUCCAAAUUUCAUCAAGCCUCAUUUGAGCACUUUCUUUCCAUUUAGGGUCUCUCCUAACUUCUCACAGCUGGUUCUUGCUUUCCCUACUUUCAUGAACUUUACCUUGAUUUACGUGUGUAACUAUCAUCUUGUUUGGUGUUGUUCGCCAGUUCUUGUAGGAAACCAGAUACGGUUACUGUCAAGUGCAAGAUCUAGCCUCAUAUUGCAGGUUCUCGAAGCAUAGCCACAAUUUGCACAAUAGUAUUUUAUCGUUGAAAUGGUAAUCAUUAAAAAUUCUUUU